AUGGAUGAAGUACAGGAGAUGAUGGAAGCUUUAGCUAUAAACGAAUCAUCGUUCUAUGAGUAUGUUGAUCUUAAAUACGAGUUCGAUGCAUGUCAGUUCUUUGAUUUUUCUGUAGAUGAAACGGAUUACGAUGUACAAGAAGCAGAACGCUGGUUUAGAUAUGCUCGUGAAUAUCCACCUGCUCCUUACAUGAUUAAGAUCAAGUUGACUGAUGUAACGAGUGCUCCUGCAAUUGUUCACCCAACAAGCACACCAAAACCAAAAGCUGAUGAAUGUAUUAGUGCUUGCAUAGUUACUCCUUCAGAUUGGAGAAUGCCAUUUCUAGAAGAGAAAACUGAAGUUGAUUCAGGUCUAAAAUAUCAUAAUUUGUUUGCUGAUGAUGAUCAUAUUGUGAAAGCUAAACCAAAGUCUGCAAGCAAAUUAUGUAAACAAAGUAGAAGAUUCAUGAAACCUACUGCUAGCCAUUUAGCCAAGCAGAUUAACUCGGUAGAUAUACAAACUCAUAGUGGAUGUGAAGCUGAAGACACCAAAAGACAGAAGUUAGAGAUUGGGUUCUUGCGUAAGACUUCACUGUUGGAGGCCGGCUCAAACCCUCGAUCUAAAACUACCAUCCCUAGAAAACCUAAAUUGAUGACAGAAGAAAGAGCUCGAAGGCGUAGGUUUAGGUCCCAGAGUGAACCUGAAGCGAAUAUUUAUACUUUUAAAGCACUACCAUUGAAUAGAAAAAUACUUGAGUCACCUUCAUUGCCCAUUCGUAAGAAGAGCAUUCUUCAUAAUGUAGCCAACACACACAACUCUGUUCCUUUUUACCAAUGA